CAGCGCGGCAGCGGCGCUGCCCGGCCCGAGGCUCAGGCCGCACGGGCCGGACCCCGCCGGGGCAGGAGGAGGCGGAGGUGCAGGACCAUGCUGGCGGGGCUGCGCCGGGCGCUGCGCAGCGGCGGGCGGCAGCUCCCGGCGCUGCUGGGCAGGCGGGAUGGCUGUCCGCCGCCCUCGGCGCCUCAGGUGAGGCUCUGGAGGCACACCGGAGGUUGGAGGGGCCGGGAAGGAAAGCCUUACAGCACGCUGGUGCCAUCUGAUGAAGUAACUAUUAAUUACAGACAUGGUCUUCCUGUGAUAACUCUUAUGCUGCCCUCAAGAAGUGAACGCUGUCAGUUCACUGUCAAGCCAGUAGUGACCACUGUAGGAGCAUUCCUGCAGGAUGUGCAAAGAGAAGAUAAAGGAAUUGAGAGAGCUGAAGUCUUUGCAACAGAUGGUAGCAAGGUCUCUGAUGCAACCUUAAUGGAGGUCUUAUUGAUGAAUGACUUUAAGCUUGUUAUCAACAACACAGCAUACAGUGUGUCACCUCCUGUGAAAGAUAAGCUGAGUAGUGAGCAUGCUACUGAUGUGGAAGAUAUCAAAUCGUUGGUUCACAGACUGUUUGUGGCUCUACAUUUAGAAGAUCACCAGAUCAGGAAAGAGAGAGAAUUGCUACAGAAGCUGGACCAUCUGAAAGAACAGCUGCUGCCUCUUGAACAGAUGAAAGCCAGAAUCAUGGACAGUGCAGAUGCAAAAACCUCCAGGCUUUUAUGGGUUGGCCUAGCCCUGAUGUCAACUCAGGGGGGAGCGCUGGCAUGGCUCACGUGGUGGGUCUACUCGUGGGACAUCAUGGAGCCAGUCACAUACUUCAUCACCUACGGGAGUGCCAUGGCUUUCUACGCCUACUUUGUUCUUACCAAGCAGGACUACAUUUAUCCUCACGCUAAGGACAGGCAGUUCCUCCACUACUUCUACCGCAAAUCCAAAAAGCAGCGUUUUAAUGUGGAACAAUACAACAAGCUCAAAGACGACCUAGCAGAGGCAGAAGAAUCCCUGAGGCGUCUGCGCCAACCUCUGCGCCUGAGGCUUCCCAUCCAGGAAAUCAACGACAAGGACUGAGUUUGGUUUUGUGUAUAUUGGAGAUGCCCUUUCAAAGCUGAUACGAACAUUUAGUUACUCCAUAGCACCUGGGUAUUUUUGACCACUGAAGUUUUGAAAGUUGCAAUAAAUAGCUUUAAAAGUUAUUUGUUCACUUGAUGGUUUGGGUUUGUUUUGCUUGUUUGGUUUUUUUUUUUAGAACCCUAUGAAGAAACUGCUGAAGCAAAGUUCUUCUAGAUACUUGUCAAAUUUCAUCAGUACAAUGGAGGCAUUCUUACUACUGGUAAAAUGACAGAACAAACAAGGACAGCCUUUUUAGUACCAUUUACUAUAACAUAACAGUAGCUCAUAAAAUAAUUAACUUCUGCAUGGAGUAGUAAAGAUUCUUUUCCUGAAAUUACUGUUUCCUUUUCCCUGGUUUGUACAUUGACUCUGUGACACCAUAGGUGAAGUUUAGAUUAGCAUGACAAUUAAGCUUUCUUAGUAAAUAGUGCUGGAAAAGUAAGGUAUCUCAAACUUGCUAUAAAAUCAUUUAUGUUUCACUAUUGCAUUUUAUUCAAAGAAUUUAUCAAAACAUUCAAACAUACAUGAUUUAUACAACAUUUAAAAGCAGGUGUAGGAAGAUACAGCACUUAUGACUCAGAACAUUGUAUAUGGAAUGGCUUAACUAAAGCAGAACCAGUAAACCGAUUAUGUUUUUCCCCAGGAAAGUGGAUUAAGACACUUUGCUCAGUUUGAGUUCUCUCUUGACCCUCAGAGGAACAAUUAAUAAUGUUAAAAAAAAAAAAAAAAGAAA